UAACUACGGAAUCCUACACUGAGCGUGGCCCGACAUGCUCCUGGCCGGUUUUUAUUGCAAUAUCGGUAAUCUGUAAAGUAUUGUUGUGUUUAGCAUAUUAACAUAAAUUAUAAAAUUUGCGUGUUGUUUACUAAAUUAAUAAAAAUAAAAAUAUAAUGCAGUCGAAAGUUGUGAAUGUGACACUAGUGACUUGAAAAAUACGGAAGGUGGAGAUAUUGAAAAACUGGAGGUAUUUUUUUUUUUAUAUACUACGUCGGUGGCAAACAAGCAUACGGCCUGCCUGAUGGUAAGCAGUCUCCGUAGCCUAUGAACACCUGCAACUCUAGAGGAGUUACAUGCGCGUUGCCGACCCUAACCCCACCCCCCUCGUUGAGCUCUGGCAACCUUACUCACCGGCAGGAACACAACACUAUGAGUAGGGUCAAGUGUUAUUUGGCUGCGGUUUUCUGUAAGGUGGAGGUACUUCCCCAGUUGGGCUCUGCUCUAGAUCUGGAAUGACAUCUGCUGUGCUGUGCCCUACCACACAAGGCGAGGUUGAGGUUGAGGUUUCAACCAUUUAUUUUUUUACCCUAGUAAGGGUUUAAAGCUAUAACAGACGGGCGUACCGGGUCACAAUGUUGGUCCGGUGUGAGGCCUAUUCGGCCGUGUGCAAGGUCGGCAAUGUCGGCAUACGUCCGUUAACCACGCAAUUAUAAGUGAGAGCGAGAAAGAGAUACGCUGACCGGAGCAAGGUCGCGAUUCGGUGUGCCCGUCUGGUCUGUACGGCCUUUAUGAUCGUUUACGAGUAGCAAUUAAUAAGAUAAAACCACAUAAGUAGAUGAAUAAUUAUCAUACGUAAAUAAAUUGAAGUUAUAAUAAUAAUUAAUCAUUGAUCUUUAACGUUAUGUCAAUAUCGCUCUACACAUUUCAUUAUUUUCCCACAUAAAUCUGUCGUCUUAAACUAUUACUCAAACAUCACAGUUAACCGUGUCGUUCUCAAAAUCAAAAACGUCAAAUCAAAUGUCAAUGUCGUAAACACGUGUAGUGUGCAGUUUAAUUAUAUUAAAAUUUCCUAAAAAAUUAUAAAAUGAAGCCCAAGUCAAAGAAAAAUGUGAAACCGUUGUUAUCAGAUAAAAUUGCCGAUGCAUUGACGAUAAAACCGCGUGCGGACAUAGAAGACGACCAAGUUUUUGGCACAAAACCUCAUACCGUUUCGCGAGCCGACUUAAGCUCAUCUGAAAGCGACGACGACGCCGCUAUUAGUGACUUUCGCAAAAGGAAUGUUAAUUUACUAAGUGAGAUAAGUAAAAAGUACGAAGGGCAACCGGUAACCAGAAAAGAUCUUGAUAAAAAUACCUCCGAAAGUGAGCUCGAGAGUGGCUCUGGCGGUAGCGACGAUGGCGGUUUUCAGUCAAAACUGGCUUCGAUUGCGAGUAAAUUUACUCAAGAGGAUUCCGAUUCCGAUAGCCAAAAUGAUAAAAUAUCAGAUUCAGAUGUAAGCUCAGGCAGCGAGAGUGACGACUAUAGUAUUACUCAGCGUCAGAAAGGGACAGACAGCGAUCAGUCUGAAGAAGAGGAUGAUGAUGAUGAAGAAGAUGGGGGUUACGAUAUUAGUCAAAUGGAGGAGCCAGAAAAAGAGGAAUUUGAGCAUAUGAAAAAACAGAAUGUCUCAGAGGAGGCAAAGAAAGGCACUUGUGUGAGAAACCAGCUAUUAGUUUGGGAAGGCUUGCUAGAAAUGAGGAUACACCUGCAACGGUGCAUGAGCACAGCCAACCAGAUGCCAUUUCCGGAGGUUUAUAAAGAAUUGAGGGAAAAUAAUGAGUUUUCUGAGGCCUGCCGUACUGCAACUAGCAAUAUUACUAGUGUCUUAGAUAAGUUUUUAUCCCUACAAAGCAUGCUACUUAAGGGCUUUCCUGAAACUAAAGCACUGUCCACAAAGAAACAGGCUACAGAUAUUGUUGAAAAGAAAGAAGAAAGUGACGAGGAAAUACCCAGUGACACUGACAAUGAAGAAAUACCAUCAGACACGGAAGAAGAAGAUAAUACACCAGUCGAAGCUAAAUCUCCAAAGAAGACAAGCAAAGAACAGCCACAGAAGAAACGUAAACUAACUGACUAUGAAAGCGAACUGGCCACAGCUCACAAAGUGUUCAAACCUUUUAGAGAUGCCACUAUCCAAAAAUGGAAUGAAAAAACCCGUUUAGCUACCGCUACUAACAUCAAAAACGCGCCAUCAAACACUAUCCUACAGCAAAUAUCUUAUAUCCUAUCAGAUAGAAGUAAAUUAGUUAAACGUACACAGUUGAAGCGUUCAGAAUACGAGAUUAUUGGAUACAAAAAGCAACCUAAUGAUUUAGAAAAUAAGGAGGUUAAUGGAGAGAACCCAGUUACGAAGGACAGGAAAGAUGAUGAUGAAUACAUAACUGAAAUAUUUGACGAUAGUGACUUCUACCAUCAGUUACUCCGAGAGCUUAUUGAGUGUAAAUCAGCUGACAUAUCAGACCCUGUCCAGCUGAGUCGGCAGUGGAUAGCUCUGCAGCAGAUGAGGAGCAAAAUGAAACGGAAAGUCGAUACGAAGGCUACAAAAGGACGGAAGAUCAAGUAUGUUGUACAUAACCAACUUGUGAAUUAUAUGGCUCCUGAGAAAUGCACCACGUGGACUGAUGAGAGCACUAAUGAACUGUAUAGCUCACUGUUCGGGAAGAUGUUUGAAUAUAAUAAUGUAGGAUUAAAUGCUAACUUAGAGAAAGGAUUGAAAAUAAAAGAGUAACUUAAAAUUCA